AUGCCUCCGAAUCCCCUUCAGCGAAAAGCUUUGUCCCAGGAAACCCCGUCGCUCUCAGACGAAGAUGUCGGCCUUCUCUACCAAGUCAUCACCUGCGCGGAGCAGAAGCAGGAGCACAAGCAACUCCCAUUUAGAGCAUUAUUUGCAGCAUACGAUGAAGUUAUUGCCGAACAUGCCGUCGACGCGGACCCAAGCCAUGCGUGUCUGCGCUUCUUGUUCAAGAUGGGAAACAAAGAUGUGCGGGGGGACACUCUUUACGACAAGUUCGAGAACGUGCUCCAGCAGAUGGGGAUAGUUCUUGACUUUGGUGACGACGAUGAUAGCCAUGGGAACAAAACGCACGAAUACCAGAACUCAAUUGACGGCUGGCAUACCGACAAUGUCACUGGUACCCUGCCUCAAGAAGAUACGACGCAGCGGACUCGACGGAGACGGGCAUCGUUCAACUCCAUGUACGAUGUUGGUGAAGAUGCUACGCAAAGGAGCUUCGCGAACCGACCCAGCUCCCGCUCUUCACUGUCACGAUUGCAGACCGGAAAACCCAAGUUUUCAGAACCUAGAGAGUCACUGGGACGUGCUGCAAAUAAUAAUGUGCCAGAUUUCACGGAUAGAACGCAAUUGAUUGCGCAAUUCCUGGAUGUAGGGCGCCGGUUGAUAAAUAGAAUGGGGCAGCCAAAAUUAGAAAAGGAUAAGGCCGACGAAGCUCCUCCCACGAACGGACGACAUGCUAGAUCUGCCGUGGAUCGCGAUCGCUCGAAGAGAAUGGUUGAGGCUUCACGUACUGGGAAUUCUUGGAGCUCUGCAAGCUCCAACGAUGGCGAUGCUGAUGGUGACGGCGAUGGCGACGAUGAUGAAGGAUCUUCCGAGCCUUCUCAGGUUGACAAUAAUAUCGUUGAAAAGCACCAACCACCGCCCGAGAUGCUGUAUAGACCAUCGCUCUCAGAUUUGCUGCGGGAUGCUUCAACAUUCAAUAUGUACCGACAACGGGCGAUCAGCCGACGUAUUCUUACUCAAUGGCUAAAGAAAGCCGUCCAAGUCCAGCAAACUCAUCAAAACAUGGAAGUCGUCGCAGUAAACCGUGAUUGGAACACCUUAGUUCGACAAGGCUUUCAGUCGUGGCGGUCUAUAAUUCAGGGAAAGCGCCAGACAGCUCGGACGGAACGAUUUUUCAAGCAUUUGGAGCAGCGUGCUGGUCGUGCUCGAGAUCUUUACCUUGUGACAAAAGCGUUCACCCACUGGGCUCAAAUUUCGGCAGAUGAAGUUGCAAAGACGAAUGCCGCACGACGGCACGUUCUUGGUGUCAAGUAUUUCAAUGCCUGGCGUGAUAUAACUGCUGUUAAUGAGUUAAAGGCCCAACGUUUCUCAUUGCGAAGACCCUUCAAUGCGUGGAGAAAGAAGGCUCAACAAGUUAAAGAAAUUGAAUCAACUGCAGUCGCCGUGCAAAAUACCAACCUGAGACAUGCUGUCUAUUGGCAGUGGUUCUGGAGCUUCUGUGAUCGCCGGGCCCCUCAAUGGUAUGACUAUCGCCUAAAGAGACGCGCACUAUUGUACUGGCUACGAAAAUUCCGGACCAAUAGAGAGCGCAACCAUGAGAUUGAACUAAAGAAUAAACGAUUUACUCUUGGAUCAGCAUUGCAGAUGUGGUCUCAGAGGUCGAAAGCCAUUACUGCUGCUGAGCAAGAAGCAACUGCCAUGCAACGCCAGCAACUUCUCAAUGAGACCUAUGAGGAGUGGAAAAUCAAGUUUCAACUGGCUCCUGCAGCUAUCCGUGUCUCCGGACUAGUUGACAAACGGGUCCUUCAAACCACAUUCAAACAAUGGACAUUGCGGCUUCAAAUGGUCCAGGCAUCCAGGGAAAUGGAUCAGCUGAGGGUUAUGCGCAAUUCAUGGACUGCAUGGAAUGACCUGCUUCGAUGUCAAGCUCUUAGUGCACGGAUUGAAGAACGACUGAAGAUGGAGACCAUGUACAAAUGGAUUCUAGCAGAACGAUAUCGUCUCAUGCAACGUAUUCGGGGACAACGCAUCAAACGUGAGGUAUUUUCGAUAUUUGUAACAAAUGUCCGCACGACUUAUACACGACUGCUUCAUCAUGCAGACAUGCAUGAAGACCACCGGAGCGGGGAACUAUUGCGGGCCAAGUUUUCUGACUGGCGGGAGCAGCUCUAUCUUCAACGUCAAAGAGAGUCUAUUGCCGUGGAGGAUUUCUAUGCUCCUCGGCUUCAGAAGGAAUCGAUGACGGCAUGGAAAUCAAAACACCAGCAUGUGACGAAGAUGGAAGGAUGGGCCCAAGAUGCCCGGUUUUAUUUUUUGGCAACAAGAUUUGUCAAAGGUUGGCAUGUCGCAACACUAGAAUCAGCCAAACGACGUCGCCAGGAUGCCUAUGCAAAAACCCGAAGGAAAAUGAAGGUGAAUAUUGCUACGAAGGCUAUGACGAGUUGGCAGUCCAAGGCGCGACACGUCCUAGACAUGGAACAGCAGGCACGGGAUUUCCACCGGAAAAGAACAUUGGGGAGUGCAUCCGAACUCGUAAUGCAAUGGCAUGACCAGACCUCAAAGCGAAUGCAAGAUUGCGAAGAAGCCGAUAUCUACUAUUCUCGGCAAGUUGCAUAUGAACAGUUGAUGCGCUGGACGGAGGCGUUCAUUGAUACCCGGGAUUUGGAGCAACAGGCCAGUGGAAUAUACCGCGUGCAUGUUUUGAAACAGGCAAAUAUACAGCUUCGCAAGCUCAGCCUCCGGAUAUUUCAACUCAAGAGCACCGAUGAAACUGCCGAGGCCUUGAAAGAGCGGAACCUGAGGAAGCAUUCAAGGACUAUGUUCCGUCACUGGUUAGAUAAGGCUCGAAUCCAGUUUGAAUCGCGAGACUCACCAGGACCUUUGGUGACACCUGCGCGAAACUUUGACGGAGCAGGUGGCAUGGGAUCUGACCGGACAGUCUUCGAUCCCUGGCCCCAGACCAACACAACACCGUUCAGGUUCAACAACUUUCCUACCCAGGGUCCCUCGACCACUCCACUAACGACACCCAACUUUCUAACCUCGCCAUCCAAACGGGCCGCAAGGACAAAAGCAAUUGAGCAAGUAUCCACCACUCCUGCAACACCGCUCCAGACGCCUUUCGCCAGUCGACUUCUUCGAGCAGGAGUAAUGGCUGGCAGAACCGCUUCGACCACCCGACGCGGACGUAAUGGUCGGGGGAGCUCACUGGGCACAAGUGUCCGCUUUGUUGACGAAGAACCCGAGUCGCCUACCGAUGGUAGAAAAUCAGCGAAUAGGCGUAUGUGA